AUGUGCUUCAUGCACCAACGGCGAGUGCUCCAUCGCGAUCUGAAGCCGCAGAAUCUGCUCGUCGAUGAGAAGGGAGUCAUAAAAGUGGCCGACUUUGGCUUAUCACGAUCGAUAAAUAUUCCAGUACGGAUCUAUACACAUGAGGUGGUAACUUUGUGGUACCGUGCACCAGAAAUUCUUCUUGGAGCUCAUCGUUAUGCUUCCGCUAUCGACGUCUGGGCAAUAGGAUGCAUUCUAGCGGAGAUUGUUACCAAGAAAUCGCUCUUCAGAAGUGAUUCAGAAAUUGAUCAGCUCUUUCAGACAUUCAGGUUGCUUGGAACACCAACCGAGAAGCAAUGGCACGGUGUAAUGAAAAUGCCCGAAUUUAAGGCCCGAUUUCCAAAAUGGAAGAAAAAUCUGUUAGACGAAAAGCUGCGACCAUAUUGCGAUAAUCAAAUGAUCAACUUGAUUCAGGCAAUGUUGAGAUAUGAUCCAUCUCUGAGGAUUUCAAUGAAGGGAGCACUUAAUCAUCCAUACUUCAAUGAU